GUCACGACUCUCUCGGUCGUGCUCCCCUGGAAACACCGUUUUCGUCCAUUCAUUCGUCUGGGUGACCGGGCGCGGCGAUGCACGGCAACCGGAGGGGAAGAAAUAUCUAAUUAAACACACGGCUGUGCUGCCGCUGGCAGGAGGCAGGCUAUCUCCCGCGAGGCCGCGAUCACUUCGAGCGACCACAGGGACUCGCUCGCUCAGCUGCAGCAGCCGAUGGCGGCCGUCGCGGCCGCCGGCGCAGUGUGCCCGUCGAUCCCCUGCUCGUCGGGCGGCGCUGCCUGCUGCUCGCUUCAUGUGGUUGCGCCGGCGCCCAGCACGCGGUCCACUCGCUCGCUCUCCUCUCCUCCGUGCAGAGAUCGUUCCGCGGCGUUCGUCGCCCAUCCUCGGAGUCGGAGCCGCCGGCUCCGCGAGCCGCGCUGCAGCCAGGCCGAAAUGGCGAGUAGUGGCACCACCGUGGACGACGACGAGGCCUGCGAGCUGGUGAGAGGCACGGACCUGGUGAUCGGGCAGGGCGAUGACGAGAGCGUCCGCGCCUACCUCCUGGAGGCCGUCAAGAACAACAACGGCACCUGCGUGCUCCUCCUCUCCGACAUCUUCGGCUUCGAGGACUCCGCCACCCGCGACUUCGCCUACCGCGUCGCCUGCCACGGCUACAAUGUUCUGGUGCCGGACUUGUUCCGGGGGGACCCGUGGAAGAAGAGCCUGCCGAUGGACGGGCUGGAAGCGUGGCUGGGCACGCAGGCGCCGGAGAGAGUGGCCGGGGACAUCGAGACGUGCAGGAAGUGGCUGGUGGAGGAGUUCCUGGCGGCGGCGGAGUCCAAGAAGCUGGGCGUCGUCGGGUUCUGCUACGGGGGCGGGCGGCUCGUGGAGACGCUGGCGCGGGACGCUGACUCAUGCUUCUUCAGCGCGGGCGUCUGCUUCUACGGGUCCCGGAUGGACGCGUCGCUGGGGCCGCGGAUCGCGGCGCCCGUGCUGUUCGUGUGCGGGGACGGCGACCCGCUGUGCCCCGUGGAGACGGUGCGGGAGCUGGAGAGGGGCGCGGGCUGCAGGGCUGUUGUGUAUGCCGGCAGGGGCCACGGGUUCGCGCACCGGCCCGAAUCGCUGGAGGACGACGCCGACGCCGAGGACGCGUUCGCCAGGAUGAAGGCAUGGCUGCAUGAGCACCUGCUUGCUGCAGCCUGACCGCGUCCAUCGAUCAGCCGUUGUACAUUGUUGUUGUUUUUCUUGUCACGUUUUACUCUUGUAAGUUGCCCCGUAUACGUCCGUAGGCGACUACUUUGGGUGCUAGUGACUCUGUGAGACUGUAGGGUACGCGAGGACACUUGUGUUUGUCUGACGGCCUCUUUUGUUUUCGUACGUGAGUUCAAAACCGUGGUUGUUUGAAGACGUAUCA